UGCACACAUGAACACGCACACCUGCGCCCCAACCACAGCCCAUGCUCACUGAGCCAGCUCCACUGACCAUGAGGCUGUCCCUGCCACUGAUACUGCUGCUGCUGGGAGUCUGGGCCAUCCCAGGGGGCUUCGGGGACAGGGCCCCACUCACAGCCACAGCCCCACAGCUGGACGAUGAGGAGAAGUACUCAGCUCAUAUGCCUGCUCACCUGCGCUGUGAUGCCUGCAGGGCAGUGGUAUACCAGAUGUGGCAACAUUUGGCAAAGGCAGAGGCCAAGCUUCACACCCCAGACUCAGGGGGGCGGCGGCGGGAGCUGAGCGAGUCGGUGUAUACAGACGUCCUGGACCAGAGCUGCACCCACACCUGGCAGGGCUAUGGGGUCCGAGAAGUGAACCAGGUGAAACGUCUCACGGGCCCAGGGCUCAGCAAGGGGCCAGAGCCAAGCAUCAGCGUGAUGAUCACAGGGGGCCCCUGGCCCACCAGGCUCUCCAGGACAUGUUUGCACUACCUGGGGGAGUUUGGAGAAGACCAGAUCUACGAAGCCCACCAACAAGGCCGAGGGGCUCUGGAGACAUUGCUGUGUGGAGGACCCCAAGGGGCCUGCUCGGAAGAGGGGACCGUCACAAGGACAGAGCUCUAGUCCGGCUCCUUCUUCCUGGUCAGCCACAGAAGAGAGCUGGGGCGGCCUCUGGGUCUGCCCCACUCCUUCCUGCAGGCUGUCUGGAGGGCAGGAAUGCCAUGCUUUUGUGUGCUGCCACGCCCCCUCCCUCCUCCAGCUUCAGGACACUGGGGCCAUGUGGGGGUGGGGGUGGGGGUGGGGG